AUGAAGCUGCGAUCACCUGCAAUUCGCUUCCCAUACACCCUAAGCAACUUGACUAAAUCAGUCAACCACUGCUUAUACCGCGCUAUAACGACCCAUAACUACCUUUCUCAGUACCCAGAAAAUUAUCUUGCUUCCUGUAGCUGCAAAAGCCAAAGCUUCACUGUCAAUGGUCAAGAAGGAGAUAUUAUUGAUUUAGACGUUUUACCUCGACUACAGAAACAUGGGUUUUUCAUAAACACCUUCCUACUAAACAAAGUUGUAUCCACAUGCGCGAAAACCGCGUCUUUAUCAGCCGGCUUUCAGAUCCAUUCCCAGAUUAUCAGGCUGGGUUUUGGCUCAAACGUGCAUGUCAACACUUCUCUCGUUGAUAUGUAUGGGAAAUUUGGGACCGUUUCGUUAGCUCAGAAGCUGUUUGAUGAAAUGCCUGAAAAGAAUGCUGUCACUUGGAAUGCGUUGAUUUCUGGUUAUGUGGAUGCCAGCUGCUCUGAAAUUGCCCUGGGAGUGUUUGUGAAUAUGUUGAGGGAGGGUGUUGAUCCGACACCGUUUAGUGUUUCAACUGUUCUGGUAGGGUAUAUGCAGCUUGAAGCAUUUGAACUUGGGGCUCAGUUGCAUGCUCUAUCUGUGAAAGCUGGGUUCAAUUCUCAGGUUGCGGUAGGGACUGGUUUGAUUGAUAUUUAUUCGAGAUGUUUGAAUAUCGAGGCUUCGAGGAGAGUGUUUGAUGAAAUGCCUCAUAAGAAUGUUACUACUUGGACUUCAAUGGUUACUGGAUAUGCUUGGAAUCAAUGCAAGUUUGAUGCUAUGAUUUUGGUGAAAAGCAUGUUGUUCAUAGGGAUUAAACCAAACUGCAAAACUUAUACUAGUUUACUCAGCUCGUUUUGUUGCCCACAUGACUUGGUUCACUGCAAGCAAAUACACAGUCUGAACCAACUCACAUGGAACGUUGCUAUUUCUGGGUUUUCUAAUUUGGGAGCUGUGGAUAAAGCUUUGAUAAACUUUGGUAAAAUGAGGCAGGCAGGUUUUGCUGGCGACUGUUUCACAUUUACGAGCAUUUUGAAAGCAGUUGGGGUUGUUUCAGGUCUUGAAGAGGGGCAGCAGACCCAUUGUUUAUCUUUAAAAACGGGGUGUGACUCACGUGUUCAUGUUCAAAAUGGGCUUCUUUCCAUGUAUUCCCGAUGUGGAAAGCUCGAAGAUGCAGAGAGAAUUUUCUCAGCAAUGGGGAGACGGGAUUUAAUCUCGUGGAAUUCACUCCUCACAUGCUAUGCUUAUCAUGGCUCUGGCAGGGAAGUCAUUACAUUGUUUGAACAAAUGAAGAGUAGCGGUAUUAGACCCGACUCAACCACAUUCCUUGUUGUGAUUUCCGCUUGUAGACAUGCUGGAUUAAUUUAUGAGGGACUCGAGUUCUUCGAUAUGAUGAUCACUGAAGAUUCUUUGCCUCCGCCUAAGGUAGAACAUUACGCUUGCAUUGUCGAUCUCUACUGCCGGGCUGGUCUUCUACAUGAAGCAGAGGGCUUUAUUAAGCAAAUGCCAAUGGAACCAGACCCCUCAGUGCUCAAAGCUUUACUGAGUGCCUGUCGAGUCCAUGACAACAAGGAAAUUACCCUACGCUGUGCUCGAAAGCUCGUUGAACUUUGCCCCAAUGAUGUUGCAACUUAUGUUCUGCUAGGGAAUGUACUAGCAACAGGAGGGAAUUGGAAUGACGCGGAAUUAGUGCGCAAGGACUCGUGUGAUAGAGGGAUGAAAAAGCAUCCUGGUUGUAGCUGGAUAUGA